AUGUCAUCGCCAUCCAAUUCAUCCCAAGGCGGGAAGCGCAAGAGAAACUCCCUUCGCGUCGAGUCUACCACUAGCCUUAACGACAAUGGCAUCCAGUCAUCAUCCCGUGAUGCUUCGGGUGAGGAGGGCGACACAACCGCUGCAGAGUCGGGACGACUUCACAACCGCGGUUCCGUUGGAGGUCCAAUUCCUAAGAGGCAGCGCUCUAGCUCGGAUCGUGCCCACGAGAUGGGCGCCGACCAAUCUCUUGACCCCGGCGAGCCCAGCGACACCACCGAGGCCAGUGUCGACAUUGCUGAGCGAGUCGGUCGCAAGGGCCGCAAGCCUUCGUUGAGAGAGCUCGAGGAAGAACAGCGCAGGAUCGAGGCUAUGCCCCCUCCUCCCAUUGGCAAGCUCCAGGACCCUGCCGGUGGCUACAAGACCAACCCUCCUCCUGUUGGUCGACCUGUUCGCGUCUACGCUGAUGGUGUUUUCGAUCUCUUCCAUCUUGGCCACAUGCGACAGCUCGAGCAGGCCAAGAAGGCUUUCCCCGACACAACAUUGGUUGUUGGCGUCACAGGCGAUCACGAAACACAUAAGCGCAAGGGUUUGACAGUCAUGUCUGCCGCUGAACGUGCCGAGACUCUCCGUCACUGCAAGUGGGUCGAUGAGGUAAUCGAAGACUGCCCAUGGAUUGUCACUCCCGAGUUCCUCGACGAGAACAAGCUCGAUUACGUUGCUCACGAUGAUCUUCCUUACGGCGCUGAUGAAGGCGACGACAUCUACCAACCCAUCAAGGUUGCCGGCAAAAUCGUUCGUGACUACGAGAAGUACAUUGCCCGACAAUUCAAGCGCGGCUCGUCCCGCCAGGAACUCAACGUGAGCUGGUUGAAGAAGAACGAGCUGGACCUCAAGCGCCACGUCCAGGACCUCCGAGAGAACAUCACAAACAACUGGACCACUACUGGCCAAGAACUCGGCCGCGAGCUCAAGGGCUUUUGGCCUGUGAGCCGUCCUCAGAGCCCUGCCCGAUUUAACAGCUCCGGCACCGCCGAUGGUCUACGUUCGCCAGGCACAUCAGGCACACCCAAGGAGUUCAUUACUGGGUACGCCCUCGGUCUCGUUGGUGGCGUUCGAGGAUGGAUGACCAAGGGCCGAGGAAACAUGACCGACAGCAGCCGACCUGUCAGUGACGAUGAGUCUGAAGAGAGCGACACCCACGCCAAGUCACCAAAGGAUUCUUCAAACACUCCUACCGCAGCCCCAGUUGCAGCUGCAGCCUCAAGCUCUACCUCCAAACUAUAA